UAACAUCAACCUCACGACGCGACGUUACCUCCCUCUAACCCGCGUGUCCGUUUUGGAAACUCACUAAAUGCGCUCGAGCUGAUACUCAACAUUUUCCUCAUGACAUUUCAUUUAGAAAAUAAUAACAUCUGCUAUUUUCAUUAAUGUUAUAUGGUCAACUCUGUUUCUGAACAGUACCUGUCAUCCUAUUUGGUCGUUUUUUGUAUACAUUUUUAAAUAAACGUAUUUAACUGUUAAAACGCCAUUAAAAACAUGUCUGAGGAGCUCGAGAGUAUCCUGGAGCAGAUGACACAGCCGGAUAACGCUGUCAUUCAACAGGCAACAGCUCAGUUAAAACAGGCAUUUAAAGAUCCAUCCAUCGUCCCUGCAUUAUGUGCAGUCAUGACAGGGUCCCAAAACCCACAGAUUCGUCAGUCGGCAGCAGUGAUGCUCAGAAUGAGAGUGAGAAAACACUGGAAAAAAAUCAGCCCAGUCAACAGGGAGAGUCUGAAAGCAGUGGUGCUGCAAGCUUUCCAACAAGAAACAGAGCAUACAGUUCUUCAUGCUCUCUCUCAGUUGAGCUCAGUUCUGGUGAAACACGAGACCCCCGACCGCUGGCCUGCACUUCUUUCCCUAUUGAACCAGUCCACUAAAAGCAAUAACCCACAGGACAGACGGGUGGGUCUGUUACUGCUCAGCAAGGUGGUGGGAUCAAACCCGGAGCCCUUUAAGCCCCACUACAAGCAGCUACUACAGCUGUUCGAGACUGUAUUACAAGACCUGAACAACCCUACGACUCUCUACUACUGCAUUCUUACCCUCACUGCCAUCACAGCCUACAUUGGCACAGAGGAGAUGAACUUGAUGCGAUCUCUGAUCCCCAAACUGAUCAUUGCUCUUAAACACCUCAUUCAGGCAGAUCAGGAUCAGGCCAGUGAGGCAAUGGAGGUAUUUGAUGAGCUUUUGGAGAGCGAAGUGUCCAUCGUUGUGCCGUACAUUGCUGAGAUUGUCCAGUUUUGCCUGGAGAUUGGUAAAGACGUGUCCCUAAGCAAUUCUCUUCGUGUAAAGGCUCUGUCAUGUAUUGCUUUUCUCAUCAGAUUAAAAAGCAAGGCUGUAUUAAAGCAUAAGCUUUUACAACCAAUAUUGCAGGUUGUGUUUCCUAUACUGAGUGCUGUGCCCCCUCCUGGAGAGGAGGACCCAGAGGAUGUGGAGAAUGACAAUGAGGGUGACAGUGAGAACCCCAAACACUUUGCUGUUCAGGUUAUUGACACCAUGGCUCUUCAUAUGCCACCUGAAAAACUCUUCAACCAGCUGAUGCCUUUUACUCAGGCCUGUCUGGCCAGUGAGAACCCGUAUGAGCGUAAGGGGGGGCUCAUGUGUUUGGCUGUGUUGGCAGAGGGUUGUGCAGAUCAUAUCCGCACCAAGAUGUUGUCAUCCGUGCUUGAAACGGUGUGUCGAAGUCUAUCUGACAGUAACCAAAUGGUACGCAGUUCAGGGCUCUUUGCCCUCGGACAGUUUUCUGAACACCUGCAGCCGGAUAUCAGUAAAUUCCAUGCUGAGUUGAUGCCAUUGUUGCAAGGAUAUUUGUCUGCAGUGAACCAGACCAAAAUCGGACACAUGACCAAGGCUUUCUAUGCUCUAGAGAACUUUUUGGAGAACUUGGGUCAAAAUAUUGAGCCAUACCUGCCCACUCUAAUGGAAACCAUGUUGUCAGCCCUUAACAACGCAGAAAACCUCAAACUGAAAGAGCUGGCUGUCAGUGCAAUAGGGGCGAUAGCAAAUGCAGCCAAAGAUCUGCUCGUGCCUUACUUCCCACCAGUGAUUGACAGUCUGAAGGGAUUCCUGACGGACACGAGAGAGGAGAUGAGGGCUCUGCAGACACAGGCUCUGGACACACUCUCUGUGUUGGCUCGCACUGUUGGAAAGGAAGUCUUCAGUCCUUUGGCAGCAGAGUGUGUGCAGUUAGGUCUGAACCUCAUUGAUGCAGUGGAUGACCCGGACCUGCGUCGCUGCACAUAUAGCUUACUCUCUGCUGUAUCUGAAGUAAGCCCGGAUUAUCUAUCCCCUCACUUAACCCCUAUCACCACAGUGAUGCUGCUGUCACUGAGAUCCACUGAGGGAGUGACGGCUCAUUUAGAGGUGGACAAACAGUUUGUUCUCCUGGAUGAUGAUGUUGAUGAAGGUGAAGAGGGUGAUUCUGUUUUGGAUGCAGAGAAUGAUGGAGAGGUUGAUGACACAGAUGUUGCAGGGUUCAGUGUAGAAAACGCUUACAUUGAUGAGAAGGAAGAUGCUUGUGAUGCUUUGGGUGAAAUUGCCUUCAACACGGGAGCUGCGUUUCAGCCCUUCCUGGAGUCCAGCUUUCAGCAGGUGUAUAAGCUCUGUGAUUUCCCACAUCAGGACGUGAGGAGAGCUGCCUUUAGUGCAAUGGGCCAGUUCCUCCGAGCUCAGCAUAAAGUAUGGCAGGAAAACCCAACAGAGGCCAACCACCAGGUGCUGCAUAAGUUGUUGGAUGUGGUUUUGCCUUGUUUUCUGGAGGCAGUGAGGCAGGACAGGGAGAGACAGGUGGUGAUGGCCGUUCUGGAGUCUAUGAAUGCAGUGAUCAAAUCCUGCCAGGGGGAGGCGUUGCAGGUUCCAGGGCGACUAGCUGAGAUCAGCAACACCAUCAGAGAUGUUCUCAAGAAGAAGACCGUGUGUCAGGAUGUAGGUGGGGAUGAAGCAGAUGAUGACGACCAGCAGGCGGAGUAUGAUGCCAUGCUGCAGGAGUUUGCUGGUGAGGGGAUUCCUGUUUUGGCAUCAGCUGUACCUGCUGAGACAUUCUACCCAUACCUCAAUGACCUGCUGCCUCUCAUCAUGAGCAAAGCUAAAUCCUCAUGCACUGAGGCAGACCGGUCCUUCUCGGUUGGUACGAUUAGUGAAACCCUGCACUCAUUGGUGGGCGUGGUUGGAGGCAGGGCCGUGGCUGGACGGCUGUCCAAUCGGCUGCUGCCGGUGCUUGUAGCCGGAGUAAGAGACAGUGACCCAGAGGUGCGUAAUAACAGUGUGUUUGGCCUGGGAGCGCUCGCACAGGCUGCUGGACCCAACGUUGCCUGUGACUACCCCAUGAUGCUCUCCCUCUUCUCUAACCUGCUCUCUAAAGAGUUCGACUUAAGAGUGAUUGACAACCUGUGUGCUGCCCUCAGCAGGAUGAUCAUGAGCCAUGUGGAGGGGGUCCCACUCGAGCAGGUGUUUCCUGUUUUGGUGGCUCAUCUCCCUCUGAAGGAGGACAUGGAAGAGAACAAGACCAUCUACAACUGCCUGGCCUUCCUCUUCUCACACAACCCAAUGCUGGUUGUUAGUCAGCUCAAGCCAAUUAUAUCUGCUGCCACUCAUGUACUGGGUACGAAGGAUAUUGAUAAUGAGACACAAAAUACCCUCCUUGUGCUGCUCCGAAACAUAGCCCAGCAACAUUCACAUGAAUUUGAGAGUGCUGUGAUGUCACUUCCUGAUGAACAGAGAAACAAGAUGACCAUGACUGUUCCUAAGUCAUAGCACCUGGUCCUCAUACUAAGUAUCUAAUGCCCCACUCCCAGGAGGCCUUCCACUCUUGUGAAAGCCAGUCAAAUUGAUUAGGAUUUUUUUUUUUUCAAUAAUAUAAAUUGCUAGAUUCAGGUUGCUGAGCAAAUGCUCAGUGGAGCACUUGGCUUUACUUUGUUUUACUAACUUGUGUCAAGGAAUUAGUUUAUGGUUUACUUUGUCUAUUAUUUGUGUAUCUUGAUUAAUUUUCUGCUUUUCCUUAUUUUGUUGCUAUUCUUUGAAAUUCUGACUGAAUAUUUGAGUGUGAAGCUCUGAAUUGCCCUUGCAGUAAAAACAUUUCUUUGAAUUAUUCAUAAAUAUUUGUGAAAUAUGAACCAUACUUUUCAUCAUUUUCUUAGCCUUCCACUGCAACCUUUUUCACUGUUUAAUUAUACAGAAUUACACUAACAUGCUUCAACUGGCAUAAUCACAGAAAUACUACCGUAUAGCAUGAAUAUGUUGACCUUGUUAUCCAGACUUGGUUCUAAAAAAACAUUUGUUAUUAUUAUUGGAAACAUGCAAUUUAUAAGUACAGGGCUUUUACAAUGCAGAUAUUGUAACGAAUAUGUUAGGAUGUGGGUUUAUGAACUUUUCUAGUCUGUUUUAACAUCCAUUUAACACCCUAUUCUCCACUAAUAUUGAUUUAAUCAGCAAAAUAUAGAUUUAUAUUACAGUUUGUGUAGUUCAAGUUGUUUCU